AUGUUUGACUUCGCACCGAAGCUGCCCAAGGAUGCGCCAGUGGAUGAGCGUCUGGGGGUCCAGCCUACUAGAAUCGACCCUGAAAUCGUUGCGGCCCAGACUGCUCGCGACGAGGCGGCGAAGGCUGCGAUGCAAGCGCAGAUUGACUCGGCCGCGGAAGCAGACGCCAUCGCUGCCAUUGAGAAGCAACUGGAGCCAGAUGCAGCACAGCUUGGUCGUCCUGCGGGCUCGGCUGCUCAGGCAGCAACUCCGUUGCUGGAGUCUCUCAGGCUCGCGAACGUGUCUGGCCCCCGUGGCAACUACCACAUUUUCUCGCACAACGAUAAGCAGACGGUCGUCAACAAGGUCAAGUACCUGACCGGCCACGAUGUGAAGAAGCCCAAGAUCCAGAGCGCCAUCAACACCCUGUACAAUGAGGCUCCUCACCUGUUCAGUGAGAAGGACCGGCCUCUUGCAUGGCAGACCGUCAAAAACUGGUGGUUUCAGUGGCUCGAGGACAAGACGGUUUUUACCCGCGCUAAGCAGCUGGGCGGGAGGGCUUUCAAAUCAACCAUUCCUGCAGAGGUGAUGGUCCUCACCAAGACGGCCAUCCAGGACAUGGUCGCCAGCGGCUGCCAGGCCAAUUCCUCAACCAUGCGGCCCUACAUCGUCGCCACCCUCAAGGCAGAGGGCUACGGCAGCAUUCUGGAGGAGUAUGGUGGCACAUUUCGCUGCAGCGCUUCCUGGAUUCGCAAGGUCUGCAAGAAGCUCAGGCUUUCCCACCGUGCCGCUACCUGCACGGCACAGAAGCUUCCGCCCAACGCCCAGGAGCUGCUCAAGCUCUUCGUGGACCAGGUUGCUUGGCUGGUCGGUGAGAAGAAAAUCCCGCCGGCCCUCGUCAUCAACGCCGACCAGACAGGCGCCAACCUCUUCCCCGUCAGCUACCGCACCUACGCUGCCAUUGGUGCUAAGCAGGUCCGGCAGCUGGGGCUGGACGACAAGCGCCAGAUCAUGGCCAUGAUUGCCGUGUCUGCGGCCGGGGAUAUGCUGCCGCUCAAGGUCAUCUUCCAGGGGAAGACCGAGCGCGCCCUGCCAUCAGGCCCUUCCAUGGAGGCGGCCCAGCAAGAGCAGUUCCUCGUCACCUAUUCGGACAACCACUGGGCCAACAAGACGACCAUGCGGGCCUGGGUCGCUCGCGUCCUGCAGCCCUACAUGGAGCGCAUAAAACGGGAGCUGCAGCUGCCUGCGGACCACCCUUGGCUGCUGAUCAUCGACUGCUGGGGUGUGCACCUCACGGAGGAGUUCCAGGCAUUCGUCAAGGCGCAGUGCCCUGGGGCCUACAUCAAGUACGUGCCGGCCAACUGCACCUCGAUAGCACUGCCGUGCGAUGUCGGCAUCAACAAGCCGUUUAAGGAUGCACUGCACCGAUCGGCAACCAUGAAGGUCAUCGACACUGUCCGGAAGCUGAAGGACAAGGGUGUGGCGCCCAAGGACAUCAGCAGCAGCCUUCGCAUGUCCCGCCUGAAGCCCCUCACCCUUCUUUUCCUCGUCAAGGCAUACAAGCACAUCAAGUCGCGGCCCAGUGCUGUGAAGGGUGCAUUCGAGCGCUGCGGCCUGCUUGCAGCCUUUACAGCUGAGCGACAGCUGGAGGCCAUGCGGCUGGAGCGUGAUGGAAAGCUCUUCCCGCCAGCUCCAAGCAAGAAGCAGGCGGUGGCUGAGGCAAGCACCGAGCGGCUCAUGCCUGGCCUCGGUAAUGCUCUGGCUGCCCCAAGCACCAGCGAUGAGGACGCUGGGCAGCCUGCUUUAGAUGAGGCCCCGCUCAGCAACCUGCCAUACGACGACGUGGACGACGAUGUCGCUCUGCAGCAGCUGCUGACACACGUGCAACGGCUGCAGGACGAGUCUGAGCAGGGGGAUCUGGCUGCAGCAGCCACGGGGGCAUCGGACGACGAUGAGGGCUGUGCAGACCUCUUGUUCGAGCCCAGCCCAGCCAAGAAGCCCAGGACUGAGGCUGGUGCCAAGAAGCAGCGUGCAAAAAAGCAGCCAGCCAAGCAGCGCACAACCAAGGAGGGCGCUGGAGCAAAGCGCGUUGUUGCCACUGUCUGCACACUGGAUGGGGCUGAGUCCGAGAGCGAGGUGGAACUGAGCGAUAUCCCGUCCGACGACUCGGACACGGAGGAGGGGAGCGGGGAUGAGGAGGAGGUGGUCGAGCUGUGA